AUGGAGGAUGACGUGCGAUGGCGGAAGUAUUUCGCCCACUCAGGAGCCGACAUCUGGACGGUCAUUGACAGGGCGCUUCGGGUAGCCGCUUCUGAUUUUCCCGCGCAAUUGCGCCUGCGACGCGACGGCAUCGCGGAGAAACUGUUCACCUUCGGUCGCCAGUCGCACGUGCGAGAAGCAACACCCCCGCACGUUUCGCGAGGUGGCGCAGAACGGGCGGCGACGGAGCGGGGAGCGACGGAACAGGCAACAGGAGUCGCAGAGCGAGCCGCGGAGCGACAUCACGCGACGACUGCAAGUCACGCACGUGACGAAGGCGCUCCGAGAGAGGAAGCAGCGAACGAUGGUCUGAAUCCGACGGUCAGAAAUGCGUUGGGGAACGAUGAAAGGCGGAACGAAGGCGGAGAUGGGGGUGAUGUGAGGGAAAGGAGACGAGAUGGGUAUGGUGAUGGGGAUGGGUAUGAGGAUGAGAAACGGAGGGAGGUGGAGCGGCGCGAGAGGGAAGACGGCGACCGGCGAGAGCGAGAUCGACCGGAAGGGCGCGGCAAUGACGAGAAGAGUAGUCGGCCGUCAGGCGAUGGACGGCCGUCAGCCGAUGAACGGCCGUCAGGGGAUGGACGGCCGUCAAGCAACGGGCGACCCGGCAGAGGCGGGGAGAGAGGGAACGGGAGGGAGAGGCUAAAAGGAGGGGAGGGAAGAGGAGUGGAUCGAGGAGUGGGGAGGGAUGCGGAGGGAGGAACGUGGGAUGAGGAGGAGGAGGAGGAAGAUGUGACCGCAGCAGUGCUGGAAGAGCAGCUUCAGGAGGAGGAUCGGCUAGUGGAGCGGAUUGAGGAGAUUAAAGACCUCCUUAGACCGUCCAGACUGGACAAUGACUAUCUGGUGCGACAUCUAGAGUCUCUACUGCACAUGCCCAUGACCCUCGAAGCUCUACGGGUGACGGAAAUCGGCAAGAGGGUGAACUCGUUCCGCAACCAUCCCUCAGAGAAAGUGCGCGCCAUCACCAGGCAGCUCAUCGGUGCAUGGAAGGAUCUCGUGAAGGAGUGUCGCAAGAGUGCAGCCGCAGUGGCCCGCUCCACAGCAGGCCUACCAGAGGACGUAUCAUCGGGCCUGCCAUCGCCCCCUCUGGAUGAGAGUGCGCUGCUGCAGGGGAGGAGCAUUGCCAUGGGGGCCAGUGAGUUAUUCCGUGACUUUGGUCUCGGCCUUGACAGUGGGUCAUCCAGAUCCGAUGGCAGCCCUGAUGACCACCGCGCUCCACCACCCCACGACGAUGUCGUGUCGAGCCUCACCCCUCCACCCAACAUGAGAUCUGAGUUUGCAGCAGGGGGGGGAGGAUCAGAGAAGGAGCGUCUGGAGAUGGCCAAGAGGAAGCUGCACGAGCGGUACCAAGGGAUUCAGGACGCCAAGAAGCAGCGCACAAUCCAGGUGGUGGAUCCGGGCGCAGUGAAGGGCGGCAAGGCGAAGCCCAGGUUUGCCUUCUCUCACAACGCGCGAGGGGGGGCAGCAGGUGGUGGUGGGGGGAGGUUUGGGCGAAGAUAG